AGAGUGGUCAGGGUAAUUGAAGCUCCUGGAAUACCUCCAAUCAGAGUUGGCAACCUAAAUUUAUAUAGUGACCGCAAGAAACAAGUGUAUAAUAUAGAUAAAGACAUGAAGAAAAAAGGAAUAUGUUGGUGGGGUUAGCUGAGGAAAGAAAUUAGCAGAAGAAGCUGGUGUUUAACAUAAACACCAACUUAGACUUGUGGGGCAAAUGGCCUGUUUCUGAGAAAGACUUGCAAUUAUGUAGAACCCUCAGAACAUCCCAAAAUGCUUUACAGCACUUUUUGUAAUGAAGAAAACACAGCAGUCAAUGACUAGGUAAAUCUGAUUUUGAAAUAGUGCCAUGGAAUCUUUCACAUCUACCUGAGAGAGGGCCUCAGUUUAACACCUCCAUUUGAGUAGAUGCGGUAUCUGUUGACAGUACAGGACUCCCCUCAGAUCUCUUCUGAGGUGCAUCAGCCUGAGUGAGUCCUGUGAUUGGGACUUAAACCCACAACCUUGUGUCUGACACGACAGAGUGCUACCCAACAGAGCCACAGGACAUAUAUUAUUGUUGUCAUAUAGAAGAGAAGGGCUUGCCCUCAGAGGGAAAAAGAUUAAAGGCUUUACAAAUAAAGUUCUAACCUUGAGCAAGUGGCACAAUUUAGUGUUCACAGGCAGUGGGUGGUACCUUUAAAAAGGGGAGGAGCUGCUUUAAGCAAUCUCUGUAAACUGCUGCGAGUUUAAACCCAGUGGGCAGGUUAGUUAUGUUUAGUUAGUUCCAUGCUGGUGGAGAGGUGGCAGGUUAACACAGGCUCUCCUGGUCACUACCCAGGCUCCGCUCUAACCGGGAUCCUUGCUUGAUGUUUUUUUCCCAGGUGGAUGGAGGGGAGUUUGGCCCAUAAACGAGCCCUGGUGACGGGCGCUGGGAAAGACUCCUCGGGCCAUCACCUCUCAGAUGCCUUUUCUAGGCUGAAAAUCUGGUUUCUCCAGUCGUCUUCCGCUCUGAUGGGAAUAGGCAUUGGUAGAGCCACUGCUAAGGCUCUACUUGCAUGUGGUGCAGAAGUUAUUGCAUUAACCAGGACCCAGUCUGACUUGGAUAGCCUUGUUCGGGAGUGCCCUAAAAUGUUGACUAUUUGCGUGGACGUUAAUGACUGGGAAGACACAGAAAAUGCCCUGAAGGAUGUCGGUCGCAUAGACCUUUUGGUGAACAAUGCUGCAAUCGUAAUUUUGCAGCCAUUUCUGAGUGUCACAGAAGAUGCAUUUGAUAAAAUAUUUGGCAUUAAUGUGAAAGCACUGUUACAUGUUUCACAGAUAAUUGCAAGGGGAAUGACAUGUUGUGGAGGUGGUGGUGCUAUCGUGAACAUCUCCAGCCAGGUGGCUCAAAGUGCUCUGAGAGACCAUGCUGUAUACUGUGCUUCAAAAGGAGCUGUGGAUAUGCUGACAAAAGUGAUGGCACUUGAGCUGGGACCACACCAGAUCAGAGUGAAUGCACUGAACCCCACUGUAGUGAUGACCGCAAGGGGUCGGAUUGGGUGGAGUGAGCCAACAAAAGCUGCAGGAAUGAUGGCGCGUAUCCCACUGCAGAGGUUUGCAGAGGUAGAUGAUGUGGUGAAUGCAAUAAUCUUCCUCCUCAGUGACAGAAGUUCGAUGAUAAAUGGAGUGACUCUGCCUGUGGAUGGUGGAUUCCUUUCUUCAUGAACUUGUUUAUUUGUAGAUAAUGGCUCAUUUAAAGGCCUGAAUGGAUUCCUGUUUAAUUACUUUCCAUACCAUCCUAAAUGAAUAAAAGACCCAAAACUCUG